GCUUAUCACUCUGCACAGCGAUGAUCUGGUUUCCUGGCCCUCAUGGAGCGAGCAACAACUUGCUGAAGAUACCAUUACUGCUCCUCUCGACGACUCUCGUCGUGCGCGCCCAGACACCGCCCAAGGUGCCGCCCCCUACUGCGGAAGAGCGUGAGAAGUACGAGGGCAGCGACCGCAAGGAGUGGAUCGGGGGGAAACCUGUGCUCGCUCUCAAGACGCUCUACUGCGUCAACCUCCUGUGCGAGUCCGCCGUCAUCCUCUCGGAGCACUCCCCGUCGACGCUGCUCGCACAGCUCGCGCCGUAUGUCGUCCGCGACUCGCACCAACACUCACACGACAUACGCAUCACGCCGACGUGGCUCGCAGGGUGCCUGCUCCUGGGCGCUGGCGCCGCACUACGCCUCCUCUGCUACCGCACGCUUGGCAAGUUCUUCACGUGGAGGCUCGCCAUCAGGCGGGACCAUGAGCUCGUCACGAGCGGGCCGUACGCGUUCGUCCGGCACCCGGGCUACCUCGGGAACAUAAUGAUCGCCGCCGGUGCGAUCCUGGUCCACGUCAGCCCGGGUGGCUGGUUCCACGAGUGUGUCGGGUGGGACUCGCUGUGGAGCAAGGUGUUCACCGUCGUGUGGUCCACGUGGUCGCUGUACAUUCCGGCGAUGCUAGUAGGGCGGGUGGGGAAGGAAGACGAGGUGCUGAGGAAAGAGUUUGGGGAGCAGUGGGACCGAUGGGCGAAGAGGACACCGUAUAGGAUCUUUCCGUACAUCUAUUAGCAACUUGAAGAGAGAGUGACGUGUUUUGAUCGCACCAAAGUCUGAGUCGAGCCGCUCACUAAGCAGCUUAAUUUGAGGUGCAAUGUACUAUAGCAAGGCUGCUAUUACUAUCGCAGCACCUCGUCAGCAGCUGAGCAAUUGUUCCAAGUGACAGUUGAAACGAACGAUGUUACUCACGUUCUGGCUGGCAGGAGUGCUGGACGCGCACGAGCAUGCGCGGAACCGCACGUAAAUGCGCAAAGGCAUACGAUCGAACACGAUGGCAUGCCGGCGUGCGAGUUCGUGAACGUUUUUGUGCUUUAUGUACUUCACGUUUCGUCGCUGCCGCAAGUACGCGCGCGCAGCCUUCGUCGUCGCCGCAUGGUCAAUAAACCCAAGAUAAGUUUUG